AUGGGAGAAUGGAAGGUCUUGAAGUGCAAGGACCCUACGGUUGUGCUCAUUCUGUGUUAUGCUGUUUUUGUUGUCCGACAUUGGUUGCCAGUAGCAAUAACCACGUCCCUCUCCACCGUGUACAUAGUGAUAAAGGUCUUAUUCUUCUUCUCACACAAACAAGGAGGUCUUCCGCAGUAUCUAUUAGUGCUAGCAUCUUUUUCUAUUGCAUGGUUUGAGUUAUGGCUAAUGCCUUUCAAGGUUUUGCCAGGCGAACGCCGAUGCGAGCAUAACGAAUCCUACACGAAUCAGGAUGAGUUGUCCGUAUCAGUCCGUGGUAGCUCAUUCAGAGAGCCACCGCGUAUGAAUAACGCCCUUGCUUCACGUUAUAUCUCAGAUGACGAGUUUCGCAGUGCGAUGGAGUUUUCGUCAGAGGAUGAGACAUUCCACGGUCCACUGCGAAUGCGUGGUGGACAAAUUCCCAUAGAGAUUAGGGAGAAGUAUGAGAAGGUAUUGCAAGCACCAGAUUCGUCUUACUUCAUUCGAUCGGAUUUCUCCUGUUCACCACAAGUGUUGUUCGAUGCGGCAUGGAGAGAUGUGCUACGGUGGAAUACGCAACUUGUCGAAGCAAGGGUAAUUGCCACCAUUGAUCCAGUAACUGACUUGUACUAUUCAAUGAGUGCACCUGCGCUAAAAGGUUACGUUUCGUCACGUGAUUUUGUUGAUAUUCGUCGCGUACAUUUCGAUUCGGCUAUACAAACGUAUACUGGAGUGUUCGUUUCCGUUGAGUCUCAUGCUUGUCCAGCA